GAACGAGAAGCAUCUUACACCUUCCAUUCGCUGACCAAAAUCACAGACCACCUAAGAAAAAAAAUGAACAUUCCCGCUCCUAUGAAAUCAAACACUUAAAAAUGGCGAUUACGAUCAGGAAGUUGAUUUCUUCAUCGAGAAACAUUGCAACUACUUCCCUGAAUCAACUGUUUGGAUUGAGGUUUCUGAGAUUGAUCUCUACGUCUGAGGAAUGCGGGAAGAAGUUCGCGGCGGUAUGGGGAAAUGGAGAUUACGGCAGAUUGGGAUUGGGGAAUUUGGAGUCUAAAUGGAGCCCUAAUAUUUUGGAUCCUUCCAUUUUUGAUAAUCAGGGCGUUCGAGAGAUUGCUUGCGGCGGAGCUCAUACUCUUUUCUUAACAGAAAAUGGUAACGUCUAUGCAACUGGUCUCAACGAUCUUGGGCAGCUUGGCAUUUCAGAUGAUAGAAGUUAUUCAACUGAACCACUCUUAGUUGCUGGACUUCCUAAAGAAGUUGUAAGAAUUUCAGCUGGAUAUCAUCACUCUUUGGCAAUUACAGUGGAUGGCGAACUAUAUAUGUGGGGAAAGAACUCAAAUGGACAGCUUGGGCUUGGAAAAAAAUCACCUAGAGUCGUUCCUAUUCCAAGAAAAGUUGAAUGCUUGGAUGGUGUUGCCAUUAAAACUGCUUCUUUGGGUUCCGAACAUUCAAUUGCUGUAACAGAUAAAGGUGAGGCCUUGAGUUGGGGUGGAGGAGCACAUGGAGGACUUGGUCAUGGACAUAAAUCAAGCUUCCUGGGAUUUGUAAGAAGUGGCAGCGAGUUUACACCUCGACUUAUAAAGGAUCUGGAGGGAAUAAAGGUUAAAAGUGUUGCAGCCGGAAUGCUACAUUCGGCCUGUAUUGAUGAAAAUGGAUCUCUGUAUGUAUUUGGUGAAAGUGCGAAAAAGAGACUGGCCUAUGAAGACGGAAAAUGUGCAACUUUGCCUUCCCUUGUGCGCCAGUUGCCAUAUUCAGAAGAGGUUUCUUGUGGUGGCCAUCACACUUGUGUUGUUACAAGUGGUGGAGAGUUGUACUCAUGGGGUUCAAAUGACAAUGGCUGCCUUGGUAUCGGGUCAACUGAUGUCACUCAUUCUCCUGAAAGAGUUGAAGGCCCUUUUCUGAGAAAUCCUGUUUGGAAGGUGUCCUGCGGUUGGAAGCACACAGCAGCUAUUUGCGGAGGCAGAGUUUACACCUGGGGCUGGGGUGGCUCCCAUGGGACCUUUUCUGAAGAUGGCCACUCUUCUGGUGGACAGCUGGGUCUGGGCAAUGAUGUUGAUUACUUUGAGCCUACACUGGUAGAUUUUCCCAGUAAUGCCAAUGUUUUGCAAGUUUCAUGCGGAUUCAAUCAUACAGCGGCUAUUCUAGGAUACACAGAACUAAUCUCAUGA